AUGUUAUCAAGACGUUUAGUCAAUCAAUUAAGUGCUUCUGAUGAUUACGAAAAAUUAAUGAUAUCGAAAUUAAAAGAAACAUGCAGUUUUCAAUAUACAUCGAAAUUCGAACGAAUGGUACAAGAUGUUGACGUUAGCAAAAAUUUAAUGGAUGAAUAUCAAAUAUAUUGUACAAAUAAAUAUCUGAAAAGCAUUGUCGAUUUUUCUGCAAUGGUGUUGAGUUCGAAUUCAUGGCCAUUCUCACCUUUACCAAAUGUUAUUUUACCAAUUGAAUUGCAAGAAAUAUUUGAUAAUUUUAAAGAUUUUUAUACUCAUCAUCAUUGUGGUCGAAAAUUAAUUUUACUUUAUCAAUAUUCAAAAGGUGAAUUACAAGCAUGUUUUACUAAACAAAAAUACACAUUACAAGUAUCAACAUAUGAAAUGAUUGUAUUAUUAUUAUUUAAUGAAAAAUUGAAUUGGACAGUUGAAGAAAUACAAGAUAAAACACAAAUUCAAUCUGAUUUAUUGCUUCAAGUUGUCUGUAGUUUAUUGAAAAUAAAAAUAUUAUUUUCGAAAGAAAUUUCUGAAAAUUUUCAAGACAAUGAUAUUAAAAUGAAUCACACAAUUGAAUUAAAGGAAGAUUUUACAAGUGAAAAACUUCGAAUAAAUCUUAACAUGCCAUUAAAAUCAACUAAACAAAAAGAUUUGAAAUCUUUAAAUAAAUCCAUUAAUGAAGAUCGUAAAUUAGUUAUUCAAGCAGCGAUUAUUCGAAUAAUGAAAGAACGAAAAACUCUAAAACAUUCAUUAUUAAUGCAAGAAGUUCUUGAACAUUUAAGCUCACGUUUUAAAUCUGAAAAUCAUUUGAUUAAAAAAUGUAUUGAUAUAUUAAUUGACAAAGAAUAUCUUGAAAGAAAUUCUGAUAACAAAGAAAUUUUACAUUAUUUAACUUAA